CAAGAUAUAUAGAAAACUCUAAAGCUUGUACUACUAUUCAUAUUUAGGGGCUCUUAAAGUGGUUCUUCCUUUCAUAAUGAGUAAACAUGUGAGGAAACAAAAAAUUAGGACGUGAUAGUACAUUUAGUGGUUGUCGGGUUAUUCAUGAACUCGACCGUGUAACGUGACGUCAAUUGUGUACGAGGUGAAAAAUCUUUGAAUUUAUGCAUCGUGAUGAUAAAAUGAUAAAAGUUUUAUCUUCAUGAUAAGAAUUAUAAUUUAUUGACUUCUCAUCCUGAGAACAUUCUUGUAAAAUAUUAUUCAUUGAUAAUUUCAUUGCUGAAUUUAUUUAGUCUUUAAAUCAUUUUUCUUUAUUAAUGCAACUCGGCUGUGACAAAAUAAAGAGUACAUCUUGGUUUCGGAGGUGCUGAGACAGAUUUUUUCCCGGGCGCUGGGUACGAAAUGCAAGCAAACGUGGCGGGCCUAAGGAGGAAUAUUAAAAAUCUCGCGCACAACUACUCUGAUGCUCAGGUAAAAGUGCGUGAAGCCACAUCCAACGACCCAUGGGGCCCGUCCAGCACGCUGAUGGCGGAGAUCGCCGACCUCACCUACAACGUGAUGGCCUUCACCGAGAUCAUGCAGAUGAUCUGGAAGCGGCUCAACGACCACGGCAAGAACUGGCGGCACGUGUACAAAGCGCUCGUGCUCAUGGAGUACCUCAUCAAGACGGGGAGCGAAAAGGUGGCGCUGCAGUGCAAGGAGAACAUCUUCGCGAUUCACACUCUCAAGGACUUCCAAUACAUGGAGGAGGGCAAGGAUCAAGGUUUGAAUGUAAGAGAGAAGGCGAAACAAUUAGUUAAUUUGUUGAAAGACGACGAGCGGCUGAAGAACGAGCGAGCGCGGGCCUUGAAAGCGAAACAGAGGUUCGCGCAGGGAGCCGGCGCCUUCGGCAGCGACGGAGCGCUGGACCAGCCCGUCAGCCCCGUGUACCCGCAGUUGAGCGGGUCGCUGGGGUCGGUGGGGUCUGUGGGCGGCGGCGGCGGCGGCGCGGGGCGCGAGGCGGAGCUGGCGCGGCCGCUGACGGCGGGCGAGGAGGAGCUGCAGCUGCAGCUGGCGCUGGCCAUGUCGCGGGAGGAGGCCGAGCGGGACGAGCGCCGCCGCCGCUCCGACCACGUGCGGCUGCAGCUGGCGCUCUCGCAGUCGCAGCAGGACGCCAGGCCCGACGGCGCCACCAACGGCCAGUCGCACCUGCUCGACCUGCUGGACGUGCAGCUGGGCCCGCCGCCUGCCGCCGAGCCCUGGCCGCUGUCGCCGCCGCAGAGGCAGCCCGACACUCCGGAUGUCAGUAUAUUCACGGACGCCAUGGACACCAGCCCCGAGGUGUGGUCCGGGGUGAGCAGUCCGGCGCGCGACCCCUGGGCGCCGCUCGCUGCCGACCCCUGGGCUCCGCUGGCGCAGAGCAAGUCGCCGGUGUCGCUGCUGUCGUCGCCGUCGUCGUCGGAGCUCGAGCAGUUCGACGCGCUGUCCCAGCGGCGCGACCCCGCCCCGGCGCCCGCCCCCGCCCCCGCGCCCGACCCCUUCGACCUGUCCGCGCUGGUCGGCCCGCCAGGUGACGGCGGCAGCAGCGAGCCGGUCAAGAAGUCCCCGUCGUCGUUCCUGGGCGAGAACUCGUCGCUGGUGAACCUGGAGCGGCUGCUGCAGCCCCCCGCCGCGCCCCUCGCUCACAACCCCUUCGCCGCGGAGCCUGCGCCCGUCGGCCCCGCACCCGCCGCAAGGCAGCUGUUCGCGCCGCCCCCGCCGGCGAAACUAUCAAUAAACGAGAUCAAGCAGCAGCAGAUGGGUCUCGCCAGUAGCGUGAGCUUCCCCAGCGCGGCGCCUGUCUUCGGCGCGAGCGCGGGCCCCGGGCUGGGCCCCGGCCCCGGGCUGGGCCCCGGCCUGGGCCCCGGGCUGGGCCCCGGCCUGGAUCCCUGGGCGCCGGCGGGGGCGCGGCCCUCGUCGCCGUGGUCGGGGACGCCCAACCCCUUCCUGUCGUAGCGGGGGGCCGCCGGUGCUGGUGCAUUCACUACAACAAACUAAUAACAUGGAAAACUUUCAUUAUGACUUAUUAUACUAAGUAACUGUUUGUUUAUGCUCCCGUCGUUCAUAUAUCAGUAUUAACAUUAAGUUUCGUCGAUCCGAGCCGGCCGGGUGCCCGCGGUCCCACUGUUGAAUCAUUAUUCUGUCUUAAGUUUUCUUUUUCAAAACAAACUUCUCGCCGAUAUUAUCACCCUGCGACCCGCCCGGAAGAUGUACUUUGCGGAACUCUUCCUAGUACAUCGUGAACCAUUUUAUUAUUAAGAAAGAGCUAAAGAGAAGCGUCGAAUGUUACCUUCUUUGACUGACACGAGAGCGGGCAUUGCAUUGUGCGCGGACCCGAGGCAAACCCGAGGGUUACGAUACACCCGAGUAGAUCGAUAGUGCUUUAUCCUCCACCUAGGAAAUGAUGAGGUGGAGGACGAAUUAGAAAUAAAUUUUCAUACAAUUUCUAAACCUCUCAAGACGGCUACCCGUAACUGGUAUAAUGGUCACCUUUUUUGGUCUGACAUUGUCCAAUCUUGUAUUUACUUUUAUAAGUUGCCCACUAUGGUCGGACUGAAGAUUAUUAAUUAUGAGUUUACUAGUAAUAGUAACAUCUGUAAAAAUGUUAUCUAAACAGGUUGCUGUUGUAGAAGUGAUUCUAGUAGGUUCCCAAAAUACAUUGAACAAAUUAAAACUUUGAAAUAAAUUUUUAAGGCUAGUACAAUUGGCCGAAGGUUCAAGCAAGUUUAUAUUAAAAUCUCCACACACUAUAAUUGACUUGCUAGUUUUGCUAAAUUUUGAUAGUACCUCGUCCAUUCUAUGUUGGAAUUGUUCAUAUGAUGCAGUAGGGGGGCGGUAUACACUUACAAUAAUAAAUUGCUCUAGUUCUAUACAAGCUAUCUCAAUUAGUUGUUCUAUAGAGAGAUUAACAAUAUCUCUUCUAUUUUUACAUUUUAAUCUAUUAUUAAUAAUAAUUAGGGAACCUCCAUGUAUUGCCCUACUUCUACAAAACGAACUGACUACUUUAUGUUCUCUAAAACUAAACUGGAGCUGAUGACUCUUACGCCAAUGUUCUGUAAUACAUAAUAUAUCUAUAUUACAGCAGCUCAAAAACAUUUCAAUUUCUAAUUCCUUACUUGAGAUACCUUGUAUAUUCUGGUGAACAAUAUUUAUGAGCUUUAUAAUAUGAUUAUCUAUAGCAGUAACAUUUAUAUUUGGUGAAUGUUGCCUAUUUUGUAUGAUAUUGCAAGAGUUGUCCUCCCUUGUCAAAUGAAAAAAAAAAUGGAAAAAUACGCAAUCUACAGGCUCCAGAUAGAGUCGAGGGCCUCAAUAUAUUUGAGUAUUGUUAUCGCACUUCCUUGAUUCAUCAUUAAUAAUGCCACAUUUUAUGUUUAAUAUUUCAAAAAAAAAAUUAUUUCCUUGUAUACAUAAUUAUUUCCUUGUAUACAUACUCGCAUUAAUUGAAACCGCAGUAUAAAGUAGUGAUUCCAGUCUCCCUGAGAAUGAAGUAACAUCUUGGAUUCCCUCUGAUUCGGAAAUUAAAAAGCAAAGUGCAAGGUUAAAAAUUGUAUGGUAAAUGCGGUAACAGCUCUAUAUUGGAAGCCUUCAACAACAUAGUCGUGGUAAAAAAACGACAUUGUUGCGAGAAUGGUUAUUGCCGUCUUCUUCCGGUUUCGUCUCCGGCGACAAUAUUAUAUCGACCCAACAACUGUCCUCCAUUAUAUUUCCAAUAAGUCAUGCAAUAUCCAUCGAGUUCAAACUUACAAAUCUUCAGGUCUUCAUACAAAACCAUUGACACUUGACUUGUGUCAAUACCUAAUACGGUACGAAUUUAAUGACAUGUCAUAUUAUAUCAGUUAUCGGUUAGUAUAAAAUUGAUGUAUGCUAUUAGCACAAGUAAUAUUUAAUAUUAAUUGUGCUAAUAGCAUACAUCGGGCGAGCUCCACGACAAACAAUGGACAUACUGAUUAAACUGUCCUGAUCCUUUCAGUGGUAUGUGGGCCACUAAAUUACAAGAGUAAUUUUGACAGUGAAAUAAAUGAAUACUUAUUUGAAAUCGAUUUGAUACAAUAAAAAAAUAAGAUAAAGGUUGUCCACUGGCUGAAACACAAUCUGUAUGUAUGUAAACUGCAACUAACCAGUGUCGUAGUCCGUUACAAGUUCAAUACACUCACAAUAGAAUAAGGUAAGAACACGUUAGAAAGGAAUUUUCAUAUAACAUAUAUUUUGUACGUAAUAAAUGAUGCCCUCGUAUCCCUCAACACGGAGGCUCCAAAUUGUGCUUAUUCAAGUCGGCCAUUUGACUUGGUCGCAUCUCUCACUUUAUGUUCCCUCGUCCUGUCUCUGUGUCCGUCCGUACACACUCGGCGACAAACAAUACUCGUUACGUUACGACAUGUUUCAGUGACGGCCGCUGCUAACAAACUAUGGUGCCGGAACCUUCAACAAUCACGAUAUACGUUCUUACAUAUUCAAACUACCCUACGUUAUUUAAUUCUGUCUUUUAUGUUUUUAAAUAAUAACAAAAUCAUUUUUACUAAAUUAUAAUAAUUGAAACGAAACAAAUAUUAAAAUAAACAUUAAAAGAGAUAAAAUAUAUUUUUUGUUGAUAAUAUUUUUUACAAUUGUAACUGACAAAUCAGUACUUUUAAUGAUGAGUUUUAUAUAUACAUUAUGACGUUAUAGAUUUUAAUGAAUUGUUUACAAUAUAUUGUCGAAUGAAGACAGAUGUAUUGAUUGUUGCCCCACAACUUUCAUUUAUCAUGAAUCUAUAAUAAUUGUAAGGUAUCUUAAGGUAAUAUUAUAUUUUUGUAAAGUAAACUGGGUAACACGAGUGGUGGUGUGGUGUCGGUGACCUGCAGCUCGUCUACUUGACUCCAAGUAACCUAAAGGUUUUAUCACCUGUCGAAACAAUGUCUGUACAGUCAUGAUGCGGUACGGUUGAUGGACAUUCUAUCACUCACUUGUUCACACAACAUUGAACUGAGAGUUGUACAAAAUAUGUAAUAUUAUGCAAUAAUUUCCCCCAACCUUCAGCCUCGGUCUAUUGUCGCAUAACACAUUGGUACCUAAUUCAGUGUAUGUUCAUAUGGGCAGUAUUGAGAUCGUCUAUACUCUAUGAAAUUAUUUCAAUUCCAGCCUAUGUUUCAGAUAACUAACUUUAAUUAUCAUAUAAUACAAAACUUGGAUUUGAUUUGAUUGAUGUAACUUUUGUUGUUUGGCUUUAUAUAUUUGAAAUCAUUAUGUUAUUAGAAGUGUUCUGUUGGUGAGGUCGGGUCCAGUUUCUCUCGCUGGUAAUCUGAAAGUCGAAAUGGUUCUAAUGUCCCCAGCCGUCUAAGACUGUUCGGACUUGUAUCAAAUUUGUUUUCGAAUUUAACAUUAUUGAAUACUUAAUGAACAAUACCUUUCGAGUCGACAAGAAUGGUUAAUAUUAGUUGUAAAUAACAUAUAUUAUGGAGUCAAUCAAAGUCCGCUGUCACGUUGUGUGAAGAGGAGUGUCGUUACACCAAUCAUAAUAUCAUUAUUAUUUAGAUUAAUUAUUAUUAUUAUUACAUUCAUAUGUAGUAUAAUGGAAAUUUGUUAGUUCGCGGUAAUGAUCAAAUAAAAUAGUUGUAUUGUGAUGGUGAAAUUAAAGUAUCAGUUUAUAAUGUCUGGACAAAUAAAGUAUUCCAACGGAACUUCAGUUCGAUUUGCUGCGAAAUUAGAACAUCUUCGUUUCGAAGUAACGGAAUGUAAGCGAAUACACUAGCAGUAGUCUGUACUACUUUAUAUAAUGUGAUAACGUCGCUCAUUGAGCAUGUGCUUCGCUCUGUACCGUGUUGUAUCUCGGACACGGACAUGUUCUGGUUGCGAGUGCUCCGUCCCGCCGUGCCUUACUCACCGCCGCUGCACUCAGUACUCCCGCGUAUUAUGGAGUGUGUGUGAAUGUGUGAGGUGGGGCGUGUUCUGUACUGCCGUGUUCCUCCCGUAUGACUGUGUUUCAAAUCCUUACGGAUAUUUAAGUGCCUCGUGAACAAGGAUUAUUAUAUUUUUCUGAUAUUCAAGUCGUCGUAGUUCGUGCGGCCGGCCGUGGACGGUCUCGUCCACUCCAAAGUGCUAUUUGUACAUCGACGUCAAGUUGCUUACGUGCUGGCAUUGAAACAUCAAGUAUUUUGCGCUGGUUAUAAUUAAUAUAAGUACGGUUUCAUUUUGAUUAUGUUUACUAAUAGCGGUUUCAAUGGUUAUUAAUUAUUAUAUUAUCGGUUAUGUAGAUAAAUUUUUAUUUAAUAUAUUAUUUUUGACCAAUAUAUUGCAUCGAUGCUGCUAAUCUAAUGUGUCACUUAGCUAGGAAGAACUGUAAAAAAUUAUGUAACUAUUUAAUUAAAAAAUAUAUAAGUUUUUCAGUA